GGCGUGUCUGACGCUGGCUCCGCCCAGGGCCGCGCGGGGGCGGCGGCUCCCCCAGCAGGGGGCGCUGCUGCAGGCGCGCAGGCGCGGGCGCGCGCGGGGCCGGAGGGCGGGGCUGGAGGCGGAGCUUCAGCAGCUGGAUUUGGGGGCCGAGGCCGCAGCUCCCACCGGGACCGGGCUGGUCAGCGAUGGAGGGCACGGGGCCGGGCAGGGGGACGGCAGCCCCCCCGUGGCUCCGGCCCUGCAGGAGCUGUUCCAGCGCUGCGUCCCCGUCCAGUGCCGCCCGGCCAGCGACGAGGAGCUGCUGCUGGUGCACAGCCCCUCGUUCGUGGCGAAGCUGGAGCCCCCCGAGAGCCCCAGCCCGGGGGGGCCCCGCGGGGCCGUGGGGGCGGCGCUGGCGCUGCUGGAGCAGGUGCUGGGGGGGGCCCUGCGCAACGGGGCGGCGCUCCUCAGCCCCCAGGACCCCCAGGACCCCCCCCCAGCCCGCGGCCGUGGCCGCCCGGGUGGCGCAGAAACAGCUCGGGGUGCAGCGGGUUCUGAUCGUGGACUGGAGCCCCCGGCCCCGGGCGGAGCCUGGCCCGGCUCUUCCAGGAGGACCCCAGCGUUCUGUACUUCGGGGCCCGGCGGGGUCGGGAGCCCCCCCGAGCGCCGGGGACGGCCCCGGAGAGGGGUUCAGUGUGGAGCUGUGCUGGGAGCAGGCCGCUGUCACCGAUGGCGAUUUCGCCGCCGCCGCCUUCCACAUCCUGCUGCCCGUGGGCCUGCAGGGCGCCCUGGGGGUGUCCCCGGCCGGCUUCUCUCUGGUCACCCACCUGCUCUCGGCCCUGGCCCGGGGGCGGCUGCUGCUGCUGCUGCAGGGGGGCCCGGAUUUGGGGGCGUCCCCGGGGGGGGUGGGGGCCGUGCUGAGGACCCUGCUGGGGGACCCCGGGGACCCCCCCGGGCCCAUCGCCCCCACCCCCAGCGGCCUGGCCAGCAUUGCCCGCACGCUGAGCGUCCAGCAGCGCUUCUGGGGCUGCCUGCAGAGCUUCGAGAGCGAGGAGGAGGAAGAGGAGGAGGAGGAGGAGGAGGAAGAAGAGGAGGAGAAGGAGGCAGAAGCAGAGGAGGAAGAGCCCGAGGAUGAAGAUGAGGAGGAGGAAGAUGAGGAGGAGGAAGAGGGGGAGGGGAACCCCCCGGAGCCGCCCCCCGGAGCCCCCGAGCAGAGCCCGGGUGGGGCUGGUGUACGACCCCCGCAUGGAGGAGCACAGGAACACCUGGGACAGCCAGCACCCUGAGGCCCCGCAGCGCCUGCCCCGCGUGCUGCAGCGCCUGCAGGAGCUGGGGCUGGCCCAGCGCUGCCUGCCCGUGCCCGCCCGGCCCGCGAGCCAGCGCCAGCUGCGCGCCUGCCACAC